CUGUUUGAGAAGAAAAAGAAGAAGAAGAAGAAGAAGAAGAAGAAGAAGAAGAAGACGUCCCAGAAUCUUUGCUAACCCUAAACAGGUGUCAACCCAACAACGUUGCGCGGCGGUUCCCGUUGGUCGUCUUCGAGUGAACAGCAGCUAAUGCCCGAUGUCAAGGCUGGAGGAAGGACGGAGGUAGAAGUCCUCCUAGGCAUGGAUACAGAGAGCCCACUUCUGUCUUUCAUCAAAUCAAGUCUUCCUAAAAUGAGAGACCAUGAGCCUUUGUUGCAGCGUCUGCAAGAUUUAGGAGUUGAGGACCUGGAAGACCUGAGCUACCUGCAGGAGAGUGACCCCCUUUCUGUCCUGAGACCAAUUGAAGUCAGAAAGCUUCUGUCACUGCUCAAAAAGACAAGCCAACAAGAUGUCUUGGGCACUCCUCCGAGCAACCAACAGUUCAGCAGAGCCAGUACCAGUACAAGUCCAGUAACACAGUCUGACGAGAUGCACCUUUCUGGUGGUUACAGCUUAGAAACUACAAGUUCACCGCAGUCAACACGUAGUUCAAGUGUGGGUAUCACACCUCGUCGAAAGUCUGAUAACAGCUGGCAUUUUAAAUUUCAAAUUCCUUGGCAGAAAAUUCCAUCUGAGAUCAUCAGAAAGCUGGAAACGGGAAACCGGCCAACAAAAAGAAACUCAACUUUGGCAGCGGAGAAUUUCAUGCUGUCUGUGGACCAGACCAUUGUGAAUGGCCACAUCAGAAUCUUCAGUGAUGCUCUUAUGCUGAUGUUUGGUUCGUACUACUGUAUGAACAUAUCUUACCCAGCAGCCCAGGCAUCAACUUUGGAGUUCUUACAGAGGUGCCUCUUCAAGAUAAAUCCAGACAAGGGAUCAAAAGUGGAGCGGAACGCCACCAAAAGAAAACUUGCAGUCAGUCCAAAGGUUCUCAUACUGAUCACCAGAAUUGCAGACUGCGAGUGGAGGGAAUAAGAAGUGCUCACAAGUUAUGUAUAAUUUGUCCAAGUUACAGACUGUUAUGGAUUAAUAUCCAGUGAGGUUUCACAUAAGCUGGUAUGUAGCUUUGCUUUCAAUGAUGUGGAUUACUUGGCCAAGUUAUGGAAAUGUUACUGUAAAUUGGUAACAACUUUUUCUUUUCUUUUUUUUACCUUUUUUUUGUUUUAGAACCAGUCAUUUUAAUUUAAUUGUUUUUAUUUUUUGAAUAUUGCUGUAAUAAUGGUUACAGUUAAAUAAAAAUACAGAGAAUGGGAAAUUAUGGCUAUUGUUGUUCAGCUUAGUGUCAUUCAAGCACAACAGUUCAUUUAAGCCCCUUUUCCCACUAGCCAAAAACCGGUUUAAACCAUUUAAAAUUUAAAUAAUUCUGGUGUUAUUAGGUGAUUAUAGUUUUAG